GCACUGAUGCUAGGUUGGCGGCUUCCCUAGAGUAUUUGGUGCAGUCAUGCGCAGUGAGCAGCGGGCCCUAGGGGUGGAGGUGGGGAAUACGACGCUAACUGUUGCUCCUGGUGGGGUGCACCGUAGCAAAAAUGGCGCCGUCCGGGAGUUCUCUGCUAACCUCAGUAGUAUUGCUGCUGUUGUGUGGGACUCCGGGGAUCCAAGGACUAUGGAGACACGUGAGGACCAUCACGGACAAGAACUGGAAAGAAGUGCUGGAAGGGGAGUGGAUGAUUGAAUUUUAUGCUCCAUGGUGUCCUGCUUGUCAGAACCUUCAGCCAGAGUGGGAAGAUUUUGCUGAGUGGGGGGAAGAUCUUGAGGUUAAUAUUGCAAAAGUGGAUGUCACCGAGCAGCCAGGUCUCAGUGGUCGGUUUAUCAUAACUGCACUUCCCACUAUCUACCACUGUAGAGAUGGAGAAUUUAGAAGAUAUCAAGGCCCCAGGACUAAAGAGGACUUCAUAAGUUUCAUAAGUGACCAACAGUGGAAGAGUAUUGAACCUGUUUCUUCAUGGUUUGGGCCAGGUUCUUUUCUGAUGAGCAGUAUGUCGGCUCUUUUUCAGCUAUCUAUGUGGAUUAGGACUUGCCAUAACUAUUUUACAGAAGACCUUAAAAUACCAGUUUGGGGAUCCUAUGCAAUUUUUGCCUUAGCAACUCUGUUAUCAGGCCUAAUACUAGGACUUAUUAUGGUAUUUGUGGCAGACUUCCUUUGUCCUUCAAAAAGGAAUAAACCACAGCAGUAUCCUUAUUCAAAAAAACCACUGCCAGAAUCUGCCCAUCUUUUGAAAAAAGUGGAACAAGAAGAAGAGGAAGAUGAAGAGGAUCAUUCAGAUGAUGAAUUGGAGAACAAAACUCCAUCAAAAAAAGACAUUUCACGGACUGCAACAAGACAACGCAUUGUCAGUCCUCAUUCAAUAGUGGAUAAAUCUUAGUUCUUAGUUAAUUUAAAAGUUAUUAUUUUGACAAAAGUAUGAAGAAUGAUAAUCUAACCUUUUGGUUUAAAAUAACUGACUUGUACAUUGUAGCAGUCAGAUAUCUUUUCAAUAAAUUCAACAGUUUACUUUAUUUAAAAAUAGUAUUAGCAUCUGGAAGGGAAUCCUGAAAUAGGCUUUGAAAACAGUCUGGUGGCUUAACCAGUUCCUUAAAAUAGAAGAAUAUGGUGUCAAACAAUAAGAUAGAUGUGUUGUUUUCUUGUUUACCCCUUUCUUUUACCCUUACUUGUUUUCCUGUGUAACUUGUUUACCCUUUUGGGGAAUUUAAAAAGUUUAUGCUAAUUAGUUUAUUCUAGAGAAAACAUUUGUUAUUUAUGUAAAACCUCUCAGUUUCACUCUUGGAAAAAAUUAAGGAAAACUCUUCGCCUUAAGUGAGAAUUUUUCUUUGUAUUCUUGUAAAGAAAAUAUAUUUCAGAGUAAACUUUUAUCUUUUGUGGUGAUGUAGGCCAAAUUUCCCUCAUGUCUGUAUUAAUAUUAUCAAUAAAACAGCUGCUUUUAAUUAUACUACUUCCUACGCAUGGUAACAAUUAAUAAUAGAAAUUUAGCCAUCAUAAAUUCCAUUGUCAUAAUGUCUUAAUUUCACCUAAGGUCAGCAAUCAUGGCUUUUUUGGGUUAUUUUCUGUAGUUAAAAUACUCCCUUCUGCAAAAGAUAUUUUUUAUGCUUUUCUUUAAAUACAUAUUUUCGUACAUUCCAAAUUCUAUUUUAACUUGAUUACUUAGGAUUAAAUUUAUUUCAUUUCCUGUGACCUUAAAGAUCCAUUUUCUUAGUCUAUGAUCUUAUGAUCUUUCUGAGGUGAAGGUAGAUAUUUUUCAUAUUAUUUAGUAUUUAAUCUAUUGUAGGAGAAAAACAAUAUUUUGAAUUUUAGGUAAUUCAGGAAUUAACAUGGAAAAAGCUUCUUUUUAUAAAUUUCCUUUAAAAAGGAAAUUAACUUUCUUUGUGCAAAUGAAGAUAUUAAAAUAUGCAUAAAAUUUUAGCAUUGUCUAUUGAUAAUUGAAAUCAUUCAAGUAGUCCUAUUUGAGUUUUGUGUCAUUAUUACUGUGCUUUUUUUGAUGUAAAAAUAAAAAUUGUUAAUAAUUUGGUACGUGAACUACUCGGGCAAACAACAUUUUAGAUUUUAAACUAUUCAAAAAUGUUUUUUAACAUGUAUUUUAAAAUUAGUAUUUAGUGGUAACUAACAACAAAAAAAAAACAAUCCCAAGGUUCGCUACUCAGAUUGGAAAAAAGCCUUUUACCUCUAGUAAAUUUGAUAGUUUUGUCUUCAUUAAAGAAAGUUCUUAAUUCAUUUUUGCCAGGCUUAAUAUAUGUUGUCAUAGGAUUUUUAAAAUAACAUUUCCAAGUUUUUGAAAAAGCAACAUUCUAUUUUUUAGUAUCUUAACUAUUAAUUUAUUAUGAAAGUAGCUACUUAAUAUGAUUAGAGAAUCAUACAUACGUGUGUGUGUGUGUGUGUUCAUACUUUGGAGAGUUAGAACCUAGAAAAUGUGACUUGAAAGGAAAAUAAAGAUACAGAGAAGACCAAAACUUAUGAUAAGCCACCAGAGAAAAAAUUCCUUAGAUCUCUUUCAAAAACAAUAUUCCUUUUUUGUAUGCUUGCAGGAUCUCCUUCCUCUAGAUACUGCUGACAUGAGCCCAAUAACUUUUUGUUUAAUAUUAUUUAAAAGGAUUUUCUUUUAAAAUAAUAUUCUCAAACUAAAGCCUCCUGAAUUUCAAGGAUGACCUAACAUUGAUAUGACUCUGUAUUUAAGAAUUUGUUAAAAAAAAUGUAGAUUUUUCUAAACAUUUUACUAAUGAAAAAUGAAUACUUUUUACUUGUAUAUUAAAACAAAAUAAAGCUAAUUGAUUUGUAAGAAAUAUUCAAA